AUGGGUAUUAGAAGCAACUUGCAUACUGAAGUUAGGGAAAAGAAGACUUACUUGCCUCCAGUUGCGUAUUGGCUUUCUAAGGAAGAAAAAAAGAAAUUUUACAGAAGGUUAUCCAACUUCAGAGGCCCUGAUGGUUACUGUGCCAAUAUCUCCAACUGUGUCUCACUGGAUCCUCCCUCUAUUGGCGGCAUGAAGUCACAUGACCAUCAUGUUCUAAUGCAGAAUCUGUUACCGGUUGCGUUGAGAGGUCUACUUCCACGAGGUCCUCGUCUUGCAGUGACUCGGAUAUGCAAUUACUUCAACAGACUGUGUCAACGCAUCAUUGAUCCAGAGAAGAUUAUUAAACUAGAGGAAGAAAUUGUGGAGACAAUGUGUCAGCUAGAGAGAUACUUUCCUCCAUCUCUGUUUGAUAUCAUAUUUCAUCUUCCACUCCAUCUAGCAAGAGAAGCACGCUUGGGUGGCCCUGUACACUUCAGGUGGAUGUAUCCCUUUGAGAGGUAUAUGAAGACACUAAAAGCUUUUGUCAAGAAUUUUGCAAGACCAGAAGCUUGUAUGGCCGAGGGUUAUUUGGCUGGUGAAUGCCUUGCAUUUUGUAUGGAGUUCCUGCAGAAAUCCAUUCUAGUUGAAGAAGCAAUGACAGGAAACGAAGAUGUUGAGACGACUCAGAAUGUUCUUGAAGGCCGAACGCUGCAUAAAGCAAAAGAAGUGAGUCUUACUGACAAAGAGAGAGAUGUUGCUCACCGGUAUAUCCUCAUGAAUACUGUAGUGAUCGACCCUUAUGUUCAGUAA